UUAAAAUGCAGACUGGCAAUAAUUAGAUAUAUGUGUUUUUGUUGCAAAGAAAAGGAAUCUGCAUGCUCUUCACAUAUGGCAUCGUAUACAGUAUCUUAUCAACACCUGGACACUGUGUGAUAGCCAGCUGUGUGGAAGCUGACAGAGAUGGAGGGAUGUAUAGAGACUUUAUAGAGACUACCCCCACAUGUUUAGACCAAUCAGACAUACAGUAACAAAGGAGAGUGUUGCGGUGGGCUGGGCCAUGUCAUUCACUACAGUUCAGACAGAAAGGACCACCGAGCGGCUUGUUGUGUAACUGAAUGGGCGCAUUGUGUAAACACGUAUUAAUGAGGUCACGCCGGAUGUGUUCAUUAAGAAAUUCUUCGGUGGAUUUGGGCUUUUGCAUAACCACAUUCCUGCCUUUUUCUCACGAAUAUAUUAACCUUCUGUUCUGAUCACACUCGAGCUUAGGUAUGUUGUUUCUGGGAUUUAUUUCAAAUUUCUGAAUAAAUAUUACAUUUAAGAAAAAAAACAAACAAACAAAAACAGAUCAACUUCGAUAUGGAUGCUUCUUCUCCUCUGCCGGAGGGAUUCUCUGAGCUCGAUAUUUUUGCAUUGGGAUCAUGUCUGCUUGUGGAGGGACUCCUUGGAUUUUUCAUGAAUGCUGUCACCGUUAUUGCUUUCCUUAAAAUACGAGAUUUGCGGACUCCGAGUAACUUCCUGGUAUUCAGUUUGGCUUUAGCAGAUAUGGGCAUUUCUACAAACGCCACUGUUGCUGCGUUUUCAAGCUUUCUGAGAUACUGGCCCUAUGGGUCUGAAGGAUGCCAAACCCAUGGCUUUCAUGGAUUCCUAAAUGCCCUCUCUAGCAUCCAUUUCAUUGCAGCCAUUGCUUGGGACAGAUACCACCAAUACAGUACCAGAGCAAAGUUGCAGUGGAGCAGUGCCAUCACCAUAGCUACCUUCAUCUGGGUCUUUACUGCCUUCUGGGCAGCUAUGCCAUUGAUUGGUUGGGGAGAGUAUGACUAUGAGCCCCUGAGGACCUGCUGUACUCUAGAUUUAAGCAAAGGAGAUAGGAACUAUGUCACCUAUCUGAUUCCAAUGGCCAUUUGUAACAUGGGAAUUCAAGUGCUGAUUGUGUUCUUCUCAUACCAAUCCAUUGACAAGAAGUUCAAGAAGAUGGGCCAGCAAAGGUUUAACUGUAGCACUCCUUUAAAAACCUUGCUGUUCUGCUGGAGCCCUUAUGGGAUCCUCGCCUUCUAUGCUGCCGUGGAAAAUGUGAAUGUUUUGUCUCCUAAACUGAGAAUGAUUGCUCCUAUCGUCGCUAAGACCUCUCCAACUUUCAAUGUCUUUGUUUACGCACUUGGAAAUGAGAAUUACAGAGGAGGAAUCUGGCAGCUGCUCACAGGAGAAAAGACUGAAUCUCCAGCUCCUACUGAGACUAAGUUUAAAUGAAUAAUCAUUCAUCAUUAAUUCAGUCAUUCAUUCAACUUUAUUAACUGCUUUAUCCUGAUCAGAGUCACACUGAAUUCAGAGAAUUCUGAGAACAUUGUUGGGCAAUGUAACAGUAUUUACAUAUUACAUACUAAAACAUAUUUAUUUCCUACAAAAAGCACUAUGAUCAAACUCCAGAUUGCAAAUCUUCCUUUCCAUGACAUGAUUGUAUACAUUUUCAUAAUAUACAUUUUCCAAGGA